GUCCUAUUACUAGCGUCAUUGGCAAGGUCUCGCUCACUCAACUGGAACCAACUAAAUUUCCCACUCUAUCUGUGACCCCCCGUUCACAUAUCUUUCCUCCAACCACAGCAAGGACAACUCUGCAUUGUACCAACGAAAAUCGGUCAACCUCGCAGAGAAGGGUCUGGUGAACAUCGCGACCUGAAGAGUCCACUUCCGGUCGCUCUCCACGAUGGCAACAACCAACAAGGCGGACGAGCUUCCUCAAAGCCCGAUCAUCUUCAAAGCACGAGGUAUCGUUUCUGACGUUCGUCUCAAUGUCUUCGGCACAUCGUUCCACGUUCACUCGAGCAUCCUGAAGCUCUAUUCCCAUUACUUCUUUUCCUAUCUCGAUGCUCCGGGCAGCGCGACUGCUGUCGCCGGUACCGCUUUCAAGUAUGACUGGACUACAAAAGUGGUCGAUGCAGGAGGAGAUUGGCAGCUUGUAAGCAAUAACGAGAAGGUAGCGUUCAGUUCCUCUUGAGAUAAGACUAAAAGUAACGCCAAAGGACAGGCUGGAGACAUCAACGUCAAACACUUCAAAGGCAACUCCAAGAUCCAAGCCCUUACGUUCUAUAAGCUCAUUUGCGCAAUGUACAGCUUGCCCUUCGUACUUCGGGGCCCCGACGAGCUGAUCUUAUUGACGGCGAUGGCUCGAUUCUACACUGCCCUUCCGGUUCUUUCGAGAUCACUCCUUAACGCGAUCAUGCGAAGCCCAGAUUUUCUGUCCAACAUGCAGAACAGGGCA